AUGUACCAACAACCUCAUUUGGUACCACCGAUGAAGCUCACUGUCUUCGACGAGUUGCCUCCGACACCCACUCCGCCUCCUCCGUCUCAGCUUUCGCAAUGGGUCUCGCAGGGCAAGGCCUCGCUCAGAUCCAGUCUGUCGACUCGGAGACAUGCCUCGAGGCCAUCUAUUUCAGCGCCGCAACCACCUCUCCCCCCUUCGCAACAGCUACCCUUGCGGCGAGCCGCGCAGAGCUAUCGUCCGCUCGAGCUCAGCAUCUACAUGCCCAGCAAUCGACUAUCCGACCUACCCGCGUUCGAUAGACUGAGUUUCACAGAGGUUGGGGAGAUCAAACUGCCACCUCGAGCACUUGUGCGCACAAAGUCGGAAGAAUUCGUCCCGCACAAGAUCUCAAUGUUGCCGGCAACGGUCAAACCUGCUUCUAUGAUUGAGCAGCGACGUGCGUCCCAUGUGCGCGCCGACACAUCGUCUACAGUCAUCGCGAUUUCAAGACCACCUUCAGAGUACGAUGCGCUGCACUCUCAUCCGGUUUCUUGGGCUUCGCUUCCCGGGCUGCCUCCUCCAAUCCACCUUCCCGGCGGUCGCCCAGAAGCUUCCGUGACCGUACUUAGCCCCAUGCAAGAAGAGUUCAGCCCUGGGCCGACCUCUGUCGCGAUUGGUGACACCGUGUUGAACUUUCCCAGUCCGGUCGACAUGGCAGCAGACGACCAAGUCCCUCCAGAGGCCCCGGCGCCUCCACCAUUUGUACCUCCUGCGCCUUCCAGGAAUUUCUCCAAGCCAGCGGACAUGAACUCGCCCUCGGGCUACUUCCACCCCAACUACCAGACACAGAAAAGAAUCUCGCAAUGGCUUGCCCAUCGCACUUCUUCCUCGAUCAGCACCACGAAGUCCUCGUCGACCUCUUCGUCCUUCGCCGAGCACCGCCGCAAACGUUCCCAAUUCUACCAACUGUCUGCUACUGCGGUAGCACCACCGAAGCCGCUGUCGCUGUGGUCACGUCAACAUCAGAGGACAAUGACCGAAUCCACCAUCGCUAGUACCGUGGAUACGGACAUCCUCUCACACGGCGACCAGAGCCGGACGGAUGCGACCAGCGUGACAACGUACUCGGAGAAUCUGCAGAGCCGAUCCGGGACUGUGCGAAGUGUGGCCAAGAGUGGACUGAGACCGAUCGUGAGCGGUGUGCCUGACAUGCCACCAUGCUACGCGGAUAUUGUCAACGGAAAUCACGACAUUCUGAUCAAGGAGAUUGGUGGGCCGCUGCGCAGCCCUGGCGUUGGUGUUGCUUUUUGA